AGUGUUUGUUUUGUGAGUGAACAAUAUUUUGACAACAUGUGUGAGAAGAGAAUAAGGAAAAUCAAAAAAGGUUCAAACCUUAUGCGUCUUAGAGAGGCGAGGCGCUUACAGCGGCUGCAGCGACUGUCGUCGCCGCCGGCGCCCGAGGUGCCCCGGCCCUGCCAGCCGCAGCCGCUCCCGCCCAGCAACAACGGAGGUCAGAGCAGAGUGCUCCUAGAACUCGCCUGGAAAACCGUCGCCCUCAUGCACAAAAAUAGGAUAAUCCAACAAAAAAUUGUAGCUCUACAAAAAGAAACUACAGAAUUCGUCGCUUCAGUCAUGAAUAACCCUGAGAAUAAGCAGCGGUACAUGGAACACCUCCGCGCCUACAAGCUCGCGCAACAAGCGCAAGCGCAGCCUCCUAAAAUUGAAAACAGCAAUCUGCCGUUAAAAGUUGAACCAACUGUAUAAGUAAUCAGCUUUGCCUGUCUGUAUGACUGAAGCGAAUGUACGAGUGUAAAUAAAUGAACCGUCUAUUUUUAGGUUAUGGAUGUUGUAUUUGUCAUAUAUAAUUAAAUUUGAGUUUUGAACGUUCUAGAUAUAAACUUGCGUUAUUAGCCAUCUUUCUAACCAUCGGAUUCCAAAAUUAUUACAUAUACAUUGAGACAUAAAGACAUAAUUGUUGCGGGGUUCAUUAAGGUAAGGUGGGCCAAGGCCGAUAUGCCAAAUUUUGAUUCGAUAUUCUAUCAAACAAACGUUUGUAUACAAUAGCAAUAUCAAUAGAUAUAAGUAGUGUAAGUUUUGAACUAGUAUCAUAGGUAAUAACUACGAUUGAAAAUAUGAAAUCGAAAAUUUCACAUACCUAUAGGCCUUGACCCACGUUACCGUAACACUAACAUGAGUGUGGAUUUAUAAAACAGAUCAAUGACAAGUGCAAGCGAAUGUCAUUACAGUAUUAUGCAAAGUUUUAUAGAAAACUAAGUAUACUGUUUUAUGUGUUCAGUCCGUAGUCACUGUAAACAAAAACUGCCUCCGUGUUGUUGUGUCACGAUUGAACUUAGUUAACACGCUUAUAGUAGUUUCAGAAUAUAAAACCUCCGUAUUAAUAGGGGUUUGUGCACAUAACAUAUCUAAGUACACCCAGUUCGAAUAGCAUUGUACUGGCUAAUGUGCAGUAGACUAGUAACUAUGUUAAUUACUUAUAAUUUUAACGCGUAGUAGACUUUACUUACGUUAAGGUUACGAAUACCUAUAUAAGUAUUAUACUAAAUCUGUUUUGACGUUAGAUGUCGUAAUCCGAUAAUUAGGUAUCUUAUUUGUGAUAAGGGAGUUGUAGGUAUUUGUAAUAUUCAGUUCUUCUGGACUUCAAUUAAGAACAUAUUGGUACCUUUCAGCAAUAAUGUUUUAAUACAGUGUCUUAAAAAAAUGUUGUGGAUAAUGGAGGAUAGGUACUAAAUACUUCUACAUAGGACUAGCGUUAAGAUUCUUUUGAGGUUGUAUCUAACAUAAGAGUAUGAGGCUGUUUAAUUUAAAAGCGUUGCGGGGAUCUUCGUACCUAAUAUGUAUUUAAUUGUAUAGAUAUACAACUUACAUUUAAAUUAAAAACUUACAGUUGUGAAUUCAUUACGACAUGAAUUAAUUUCGAGCCUUUGUAAAUACGACAUCAAUGUUUAUUUUAUUAUGGUCGUAAUUUAAAACUUAUGGUACGAAGACGUUAGAGGUAUUGUUAAUACUCUUAAGGUAAUGUACCUAUAACGUAUAGGUAUGUAGGUAGGUAUUAUAACAUUUAUAACUGCUGGUCCAACCACCAAUAUUUUAGUUUCUUGUGUCCCUGUAAUAAAUUCAUUUAGGGCUUCAUUUUACUUUAAAUGUAAUGUCAAAUUUUGACUAAAAAAUAUAAAGAUUUUCGUAUAGGUAUAAAAAACGUAAAAUAUUGUUUCAAAUGUAUCGCGAACUUUUUGUCUUUAGUGUACAAAACAAGAGAACCUCAAUGACUCAUUAAGUCAUUAAUAGCGUCGAUAAGGAAAACUUAGUUUGACUUGGAUACAUGCGCACGUUGCUGAAAGCGCGUUUGAUCGUCGCUGCCAAGGUGAUUCGCUAUUUAUUUAAUCGAUUUGCUCUUAAGACUGUACUAAAGAUUCAGACUGUUUAGCUCCAUAGAACACAGAUGCUUGGUAGCGUAGGUACAUAUCCAGGAACGAAUUUAGCAAUUUAUAUUGUAUUAGGUACAUACAUGAUCAUUAAUUUAGUAAGUAAUUUAUAUUUAUACAAUUUUAAUUCUUGCAAUCUACAUGGGUACAGUCAGCAUCAAAAGUAUAGUGUAUCCGACUAUGCGCCAAAAGUAUAAACCUACCGAACUGUAGAUGGCAGACACUUUUGGCGCGUUUUUCUAGAACUAAGCGGUAUUGAAGCCUAAUAUAAAAUGAUAAACAAAAUUUUAAGUUCAUGUAAUAUUUUCCACUUUUAAAUAUUUGAUAUUUAUGUACUUUAGUUUUGUUCCAUAAUUUUAUUCAUCUCUUAAGUUGCCUUAAAUACUAAUACAUAUAAUCAAGGGAAACAAGAAUUAUUUUAUCCUUCUCACUAAGUAUUGCAACAAAAAAUAUAUGUGUUGCAUCAAGUUAGAUAACGGGUACCUACCUACUUAUUUAAGCAGGUAUUUGUUUGCCGAUUCUUAGAUUCACAAAGUGCUUCAUUUAGCUCAUAAGAAUAUUUUUGUCAAGGAAAUGUUGUAUGUUGUGUUUAAUUCAAGUAUCAGCAAACUGUAACUAUGGCCUGACAAGCCAAUUUCCGUCAGUAGAAAAAACCAGGCGCGAAGGGUUAUCGUCUUAUAAAAAAUAGAAUUUCGCGCCUUUUUCUACUAAAAAAGUAGUUUGACAGACUAUAUUUUAUAAUGUAGUAUUUUCCCAUAAAAGCACAGAUCUUAGCACCAUCAAUUGUGUUCAUUUUACACUUACAGUAGAUGUACCUACCUACUUACAUUGAAUGUAUAAUAUUCACAAAAUUUUGAAUUGUGGUAGACAAAAUAUAAAUUGAGCCGAUUGGUCAUAAAACUUUAUCUUUAUAAAUACAAAAGGACAAAAGAGGACACUUCGUCCAUAUAGCAGGAAUAACUAGUCAUGAUAAUUUGUGUUUUUGGGAUAAUAUCGACACGUUAUUAAGCAAAUGAAACUUAUUUCGACACAAGUAUUUAUUCUUUACUUUGAAAUUAAUGUUUCUUUACAUAAAUGUUUUUUUUAAUAAUCUUCGAAUUUAAAAGUUGGAAUACUAGUAAAAUACAACUUACAAUUGACAAAUAAUCAAUCAAACAUAGAAAUUUAAAUUUAGAAAAGUAAGUGGGAUUUAGAUUGUUUAGCCCAGGUAGGUAAGCAAUACCGGGAGUUAUUGUUUUAUUGUCCUAUUGUAAAAUAGCCAUUAGAGAUAGAGAUAGCAUUCACCGGCUCAAUUUAUUUUUUGCCUGCUAUACCUACGUAUUAGUUUCGAUGACGGUUACGUGUAUGUUUUUUACCUUGUGUUUGAGCGCAGUACAACUGCAAACAAGUAAGUACACUUGUGGUACUGGUACGUAAAAAAAUUCAAUAAAAUCGCGCCUAAAUAUCGGGCCAGUUGCACCAACCACAUUUAGCGUACUGAUUAACAUCACUCAGCUUAGAAGUCAGAUGGUCUGUCAUCGACGUCAUCGUCAAAGCUUUCGCAAAAUUUUAUUGACGUUGAUCAGUCUGUUAAUUGUGGUUGGUGAAACUAGCUGGCCCUUGUCGAGACUUCGCCGAAUGUGAUUGUUAACAAAAGUAAAGCGAAAUUCCAUACAACUGGCGCGAAUAGGUACAAAUCUAAGUUUUUUGAUCUCAUGAAAAAAAAUACGAAAUUCGUACAAAAAUUACACAUUAUAUUAUGCUUUUAAUGUACGUGAAUGUUACCUAAACAAAUCUAUUAUGUGUGGUUUGAUUAAGAUUACAAUGGAAUUAAACUAGUCUUUUUAAAUGUAUAA